UGGAGUAAGUCUGAAACACGAUGGAUGCAGUACCCCGUUGUCUCGUGUUAAUAGCCCUGUUUUUUGGGACUAGGAUUCAAGAAAAUGAUGCCCUGCAGUGCUACUGCCAGCGCUGUCUCAAUUCCACGUGCACCACGGACGGCCUGUGCUUCGUGACGGUCAUGAAGUCCGGCAGCCGGCUCACCGCCGAGCGCAGCAUGUGCGUGCACGAGAGCGAGCUGAUCCCGCGCGACCGCCCCUUCAUCUGCGCGCCCUCCGCCAAGGACGACACGGGCAUCUACCCGUUGUGCUGCGUCACCGACUGGUGCAACAAGAACCCCGACCUCAGCGUCUUCCCAGUGCCGACGGUGAAGCCGGUUACCCUGGGGCCUGUGGCGCUGGCGGAAGUGAUCGCUGGGCCUGUGUGCGUGCUGUGCUUCGUGCUGGUGCUGGUCUUCUACAUCUGCCACAGCCGGGUGGGUGUGCAUCACCGUGUGCCCAACGAGGAGGACCCCACCAUGGAUCACCCCUUCCUCACUGUGGGCUCCACCCUCAAAGACCUCAUCUACGACAUGACCACCUCUGGCUCCGGUUCUGGUCUGCCCUUGCUGGUACAGAGGACCAUAGCCCGGACCAUCAUCCUCCAGGAGAGCAUCGGGAAGGGCCGCUUCGGCGAGGUGUGGCGGGGCAAGUGGCGAGGCGAGGAGGUGGCAGUCAAGAUAUUCUCCUCCCGUGAGGAGCGUUCGUGGUUCCGCGAGGCCGAGAUCUACCAGACGGUCAUGCUGCGUCACGAAAACAUUCUGGGCUUCAUCGCCGCCGACAACAAAGAUAACGGGACAUGGACCCAGCUGUGGCUGGUGUCAGACUUCCACGAGCAUGGCUCUCUGUUUGACUACCUGAACCGCUACACGGUCACUGUGGAGGGCAUGAUCAAAUUGUCACUGUCCACCGCCAGCGGCCUGGCCCACCUCCACAUGGAGAUCGUUGGCACGCAAGGGAAGCCGGCCAUCGCCCACAGGGAUCUGAAAUCUAAGAACAUCCUGGUGAAGAAGAACGGGACGUGCUGCAUCGCCGACCUGGGCCUGGCCGUGCGUCACGACUCCGCCACCGACACCAUCGACAUCGCCCCCAACCACAGGGUGGGGACCAAAAGGUAUAUGGCACCGGAGGUGCUAGACGACUCGAUAAACAUGAAGCAUUUUGAGUCGUUUAAGAGGGCAGAUAUCUACGCCAUGGGCUUGGUGUUCUGGGAGAUAGCCAGUAGAUGCUCUCUGGCAGGCAUCGUUGAAGACUACCAGCUGCCGUACCAUGACCUGGUGCAGUCAGACCCCUCUGUGGAGGAGAUGAGGAGGGUGGUGUGUGAACAGAAGCUACGGCCCAACAUUCCAAACCGGUGGCAGAGCUGUGAGGCUCUGCGGGUGAUGGCUAAGAUCAUGAGGGAGUGCUGGUACGCCAACGGAGCCGCCCGCCUCACAGCGCUGCGCAUCAAGAAGACCCUGUCCCAGCUCAGCCAAUCAGAGGGCAUCAAGAUGUAGACUCUUCCCU